AAUCAACGCGACCGUGCAUUUCAUCUGUCCAUAUGCUCGUAACGCGCAAGUCCCCUCGCGCGACGCUCCUGUUCGUAUUUAUGGAUGAAGCGCGCGCUUUGACGCACCAUGCAGUGUAACGAGACCUGGUUGCUUCAUAUUUCAGUGUGAUAAACCCUUUAAAGGAAAAAGCAGGUUGCCCCAAUAUGCACAUAUUUCCAUAUAUGUGUAUAAUUAAUCCUCCUGUUGGUCAGAACUGUGCAAUAUUGAACAAAGUUCUGGAUUAAAUUAUAAAAACUAUAUUCAUAAUAAUAAUACGUCAUGCGCUGGUAGCUGGUGGAACUAUACUAAUGUUCGUUCGUUUCGUCUUUAAUUUUGUGUUUGGAUGUGUACGAAUACGGAAAGACAUAAAAUAUGGAGAAAAUACAUACUAAAAUAAUAUAAAUUAAAUACGAUUCAAAUAAGAAACAAUGUCGAUUAAAAAAUAAAUGGCAGAUUACUUUUACUCCUUAUUUGAGACGGUUUCCGUGUAGCUAUAAAAUCCAUCCAGUGGCUCGUUUUGAGAGCUAAACGUCGCUGCUGUUAUUGUACUGACUGUAGUUAGUUAUUUUGGUCAGCAAGUUCAAUUGUCGCUUGAUGUAAAGGACAGCAGCCGUGUCACCCUUCCACGGCGCGCGACUGCGAGGGCUGGAGUGUCUCACAGAGGUCUUGGGCUCUUAUAUACGAGAGGUUGGGCUCCGUGUAGGUCGGGCUUUGCAUAUGUGUAAUCAAACCAAUGAGAAAGCCCUGCGCGUCUGGCACACGGCAGAGCAACACACUCUGGGAAGAAGGGAAGCGUAAUUUAGGGGGUGUAUCCCUUGUUUAAGACGCUGUUAUGGCAAAGCCAAUCGCCAGAUGUUUGUGCUCCUCACUCAGAUUUUGAGACGAAGCAGAACGCCGGGUUACUACGCGCAGACUGAUUCGCGUCUCCAAGCCACUUUUAGCCAAAGUCUAUCUACACGCGAUCUCUCUCUCGCUCUCACUUUACGCACAGGAUUACGCACGUCUGUUCGUCUAUUUCGCGGAGCUGCAACGUCUUUUCUGUCAUUCUUUAACAGGCUGAAGGGAAUGGCCAAGGAGAGAGGAGCGCGGCUGGGAGAGCGCAGAGGAAACCAGAGCUGAAUGGCAGGAUGCACGCGACCUGAAGACGCACAAAACCCCGCAUUUCAUCAGCGCGCAGACCCUUUUACGCCUUCUUUUGGUCUCCUUCCCCGCGAACGAGAGGAAUUACCCCUGUUCAACCAUUUACGGAUUUUCUUUUUCCUUCAUUGUUCACAUUUUGAAUAUUUUCACACGCAGAACUCAAGGAAUCGAGGAUGCAUUGUGGAUUAGUGUUGAUCCUCUUCACGGGAAUCUUUCUCAUCGUCAGUGCUUUCAAAAACGACAAAUGUGGGGACAAUAUCAGAAUCAGUAGUGCAAAUUACCUGACUUCACCCGGUUACCCGGUGUCUUACUACCCGUCUCAGAAGUGCACAUGGGUGAUUACAGCUCCAGGACCGAACCAGAGGAUUUUGAUCAACUUCAACCCACACUUUGACCUGGAAGACAGAGAGUGCAAAUAUGACUAUUUGGAGGUGAGAGAUGGAGUGGAUGAGAGCGGUCAGCUGGUUGGGAAGUAUUGUGGGAAGAUCGCUCCCUCUCCUGUGGUCUCCGCUGGGAACCAGCUCUUCAUCAAGUUUGUGUCUGACUACGAGACUCAUGGCGCUGGCUUUCUCCAUCCGAUACCGAGAUCUUCCAAAACGG